AGAUACUCGUAGAUAGCAUAUAAAGCACAGCGGAUCGUAGGUGACGGCGCACUUUGGCGGCAAAAUGUCUCUCAGCGGGUUGGUAUUCUCUCUCCUCCUCUCUGUUCUGGUGACAGAAUGUUUGUCGUGUUCUCCGCCGAUGAACUGGAGCCAUCAGACGGUCGAGCAGCGCGCGGCCAUGGCGCACAGGAUCGUGUACGCGACCGACGUCGGGCAUCAGAACGUGGUUCUCAACCCGCUCGGCGCGUCCUACGACGGGCAGUUUGACGUGCACUGUGUGCUGAAGGGAGAAGAAUUCCAGUCCAACCCGGUGUCUGUGGCAGACAUGGGCAUCAUCCCGCACCUGUGCACGGCUCACACCGUGAAGGAGGGCCGCUCGUACUUCCUGUUCCUCAUGGGCAGCGAGGAGGAAGUCGUCACCGUGCACGAGGUCAACUACGAGAUCGGGGUCUUCGAUGAUCUCGACGGGUAUCGCGACAUCUUCGAUCGCGAGUUCGAAUUUUACAGCAGGUGCCUUGGAGGGAACUCUCCAACCAGCAAAAAUGCCAACACGCCCGUGGAACGUUAGCACGACAGCACAUCCAAUAUACAUUAACACCUAUACAAAUUACCACGACGACAUGGCAACAUGGAAAACAGUAACCGUAAAAGAACAGGAUUUUGACAAAUCUGUAAUCAACAUGCAUGACACAAACUGUCUAAUCGACGUGUAUGAAUAGCCAUAGUGUUCAUCAUAGACAUUUUGUGUUUGUGAAAGAAAAUAACUACAUAUUAUAUUGUUUUAAGCGAAGCUUGCAAUAAAUGUGACGUUACGAA